AUGCUGUUCCGUGCACCCACCUCUGCAGCGUUGCUGCUGCUGCCUCUGCCCCCGCUGCUGGCAUUACUGCUGGGGGCUGCUUCCUCAGCUCCCCUGACACCAAGACCCUCCAAAGAGGAGCUAACCCGCUGUCUAGCAGAGGUGGUGAUGGAGGUGCUGACACUGGGCCAGGCCCAGAGAGGCCCCUGCACAGCUCUGCUCCACAAAGAGAUAUUCGAGACAGAGCCCCAAGGCUGUGCGUCCCCUGAGGAGAAGAGGCUGCUGGGUGGGGACUUCAACAAGCAGGAGUCUGAAAAGGUGAGAUCCAGCCAGGAGAUAAGGGAUGAGGAGGAGGAGGAGGAAGAAGCAGAGAGGACCCACAAGUCUGAGGUGCAGGAACAGGCAGUCCACACGCACCUCCACAGUCAGCUUCACCAGGAGGAGGAGAAAGAGGAGGAAGAGAAGAGCCAGCCAGAGAAGACCUCUGAGCAUGUGUGGAAGCAACGUCUAGAGGGUGCUGGAGACCCCCAGAAGCGGGUGGCUGAGAAGGCCAGCAAUGAGGAGACAGCCCAGUUUCAGGCAGAGGAGAAAGGCAUGCAGCUGCUGGGGGGAGGCCGAAAUCUGUGGCAGGGGGCUGAGAGGGUCGGAGGAGAGAGGCAUGAAGAGUCCUCCAACCAUCGUCACCACCUGGAGCAGCCAGGUCCCAAGGCCAAGCAGGAGGCAGAGGCAGAGGAGGAAGAGGCUCGAGAGCAGGAGGAACACAAUGUGGAGCGGCUGGAGCGCAUGCAGGAGCAGUUAAAGAAGGCUACCGCCAUGCUAGGGGAGGCUCUGGGGAGGGAAGGCUGACCCCACUCCACUCCUUGCCCACACUCCCUAAGGCUCAGGACUGUUGACCUCAGAGCGCCCCUUUCACCAGGCAUCCUGCUCCACUUCCAACUGGCAGGGACUGGAACAAGGAUGUGCCUGAGAACCAAGCCUGAGAGAAGUCUGAGCAGGGCAGGGGCUCAGGCUGACUCGGGACCCCACCCCCAGCUCCUCCACCCUUCCUGAGUGAAUAAAGCACAAAGCAAGGCG